AUGGAAAUGCACUUUUCACCAACAACACCUCUGUUUUUAGAGGACGAAACAGAUAAUUGUAGGAUCAGCACCACCAUAUCUCCAACACAGGAAUUAUCUCUGCCGACAAAUGAAAUAAACCAAUUGCCCUUUGACGAACGGCAACACAUAUAUCCAGAUAGACAAAUGUUCGCAAGCUCUAAUGAUAAUAUAACAUCCGAAUCAUUUGUAACUGCGAGAACACGUUUCAAUAACGAUGCUUCAAAUAACUCCUCCCAAAGGCACAUAUUCUCUUCACUCGCACACAGUAACAACAAUAGCAACGUUACAUUGGCAAAGCAAAAUACUAUUAUAGAACACCCGGACGACAACAUGACUCCGUUAGCCCCAAACACCGAAACUUUUAUUAAUACAGAGGACAACUCCCAUCAAGUGCUACAACAUACUGUGAAUAACAGACUUGAUGCCACAGGAUUGAACCAACUGGAAGGACUUGGACUUUCGAUGGGAAGUCCAGAGCACUCGACAGAAGGAAAUCGAGAUAACUUUAGCCAGACGUCCGGCAUACCUGACUCGCCGCGAAAAGCUAUAAGAGCUUCAAUGCUAUUAACAAGCAAAGCCAGCAAUAGAAAUAGUGUAGCACCAUCGCAACUGCCUCCUGCACUGGAACAACUUAACACGAACAAUGAAACAGAUCGAAGUACCUAUACAAAUGGCACGGAUGCUAACGAUACUUUUAAUUUCGAAGAUACUGUGAAUGAAUCGCUUAUCAACGACACAGUGAACACUUCUAAGUUUGAUGAUACCAUUGACUCGAUUGACAGCUCCUCCAACUGGGAAACAUCUUCCAUCCGUCAUAAUUCUGUAGAAAUGAGUGAUGGGAAAAUUGACACCACUUCUUCAGGCUACGAUUCCAAAACCUUACCUAAUUACGCCUACUUAUUCAUUGUUGCCGCCCAUUCUUUUGAUGCUACAACUUUGGAUAACAAAGACGACAUUCGAAUUUGUUUAUCUUUCGAUGAAGAUGAUGUUGGAUUUGUACAUAACGUGGACGCAUCAGGAUGGGGCGAAGUAACACUAAUACCGUCUCAAAGAAGAGGAUGGGUGCCUUUGAAUUAUUUUGCCGAUUAUGUGAAGAAAAUACCUGACGCUGACGACUAUACCAACAGCUUCAAAUAUUUGAGGGAUUACGUCAAUUCAAAGGCACCAAUGGAAGACUUGCUGACGGACUCUGCAAAAUUUCUCAUAAACAUAAGCGACAAUUCGACGAGAAACACAACAGUAAUACACAUUGACCUAAUAAAUGCCAUACGAGACGGCGUUAAAAAACUACUGGAGCUGACGGGAUGCGUGUCCCGCUCAGAUGAAAUUGUUCAGGCAAAGGAAAAUGUAAGAAAAUCAAGAAAAAAGUUACUAGCCGACUGGUACAGCCUAAUGAUAAAGGCUGAUCACUAUAAGGACACACAAUCUUUGAAAAACCUUUUAACUCUAAACUCUUUAGUUUACGAAGUGCUGAGAAGAGCAUUUACUUUUUACAAGGUUUGGUCCACUGAGAAACUAUCUUUCGAGAGAAGCAAAACGAUUAAAAGGGAUGACACAGCAUCCCAAACCAAAAAUAGAGCUAGUCUCGACAAAGGAUGCGAACACCUUUCUAACAAGGACUGGAAACACAACUCCACUAAAUUCCUAACAAGUGUACCGCAACCCACCUUACGACUAAACGAGGUUUAUCACGUCUUGUCUAACUAUUUGAGUCUUAUAAUGGGUAGACUGGAUAUGAUAGAAGACAAUCCGGCCGGCUGUGAAGCUUUGGAGUUUAUGGUGCAUCAAAUUAUUAUAUUGUUGCGAGAGUUGCUGUAUAUCAGCAAAACAUGUUCAUACAUUAUCAAGGAAAAAUACCAGUACGCGUAUGAAGAUACACUGGAUAAAAAUCUGGAUCCUCUUCUUUCAUUAGUUUCGGAGCUGGUUUCUGCUACAAAGGUUGUGGUUACAACCACCUUACAUGACAAUCUUUACGACUCAAACCCUAGAAAUGAAGGUAAGCAUUCCAGCACGGGUGACUCCAACUAUACAUAUUCAGAGAAUGGUCAAACAUUACUGAAAAUAGCUGCCAAAAUGAUUACUUUGAUUGGACACAUAGUGACUGGAUGCAAUAGCUACAUGCGUCUCAUCGGUGAUUUUGAGUUGGAUCCUGAACGUAAAUAUCCUGAUUUUAUGGCUUCGAAAUUGAGUCCAGAAGCAUUCAUAGCGAAGUGCUCCACAACCAACCCUGCAUUCAACGUUAAACAAUCUCAAAUCAAUACCCCCACUUUUGAAACAGCGCAAAAAAGGUUUAAUGCUUCACACCAGGUGAAUAGUUUGAAAAACGGCGCCAUAACAUUAGCUCCACUUGAUGGGGAAACCGACUCUAAAGUAUUCAGCAGAGAAUCUACCUUCGACAAAUAUAGGAUCGAUGAAAAUGACAAAUUGGGAAACUUUCCAGAGACAGUGUUUGACGAAGACUCUUUUCACAAGGAAUGCAUGUUUGAUAAAGAAGGAGCCUUGAUAGGUGCCUCAUUUAAGGCCUUAGUUUACAAACUAACAGACGAGCUAGAGGGCCCCAGUGAGCUACUUGUGUUCUGCUUUCUCUUAAACUUUAGAAAAUUUGGGAAUAGUAUUGAUCUGGUUAGCGAACUUCUUUCCCGGUUUGAUGUGACUGGUAACUCGCUUAAAUACGAACGAACACGGAAGAAUGCCUCAUACUCUUCAAAAGAAAGGCGACUAAAAAAUAGACGAAAAUUGGUAUGUUCCACGUUUCAAAGGUGGAUGGAAAGCUUUUGGGUCCUAAAAGACUAUGGUGUCUUACCAACAAUCAUCAACUUUUGUAACGAAUGUGUCUCCAGCCUGCUACCAAUCCAGUCGAAAGUAUUAACUGAAAUAGCUUCACAACUGGUCUUAACGUGCCCACAAACAUUUGACCCACAACAGCAUCAGUGGAGGGAUGUUCAAACCACACAGCUGAUUGUACCAGUUAUCUCUAACCCCAAAACUAUAUCAGUGCUUUCUGAAGCUUCAUCGACAAACAGUUUACGGCUAUCUGUCUUCUCCCUAAAUGACCGCGUUAUUGAUGAUUACGAUCUAGCCGCUAUGCCUGACACAAAAAGAGAUUCUGUGCACCUACCGCUUCCAAUGCUCAACCUUGGUACAUCGACAUUACUGAGUAAAAAUGAUGCAAAAUGCAUAGAUAAUUUAAAUGAAAUUUAUCGCACACUUUAUAAGGUGAGCAACACACCUGAACCAAGAAGCGAGCAAUCUCUGCUAAACAUAUGGAAGGACCUAAACCAUAGUGACAUAACAGGCAAUUAUCUCGUUGAAAGAUAUCCCCGUAGUCGUGUAUCGCUCGCUCUUUUCAGCCCGCUAGAGAUUGCAAAACAACUGGUACUGCUAGAAUCGGAGCUAUAUUUGAGGAUUCAGCCAUUUGAAUUGAUUAAUUACAAAAAUCCUGAAAAAUGUUCCAAUAUUACUGCGGUUCUUGAAUUCACCAAUCAAUUGUCAAACUAUGUCAUAGAUAGUUUGGUUGCCACUGACAUUUCCCUUGGACAAAGAGUUGAACGAUUAAUGGGAUGGCUUCGCAUUGCUUUAGCCAGCGUCUAUUUCAGGAAUUUCAAUUCUGUAGCAGCUAUUAUGACCUCUCUACAAAGUCACACUAUUACCAGAAUCGCCAUGCUCUGGGAUCAACUGGAAAAAAAAGACAUGAAACUGUUUGAAUAUCUGUCUAGGAUAAUUCACCCUAACCACAACUAUAAGGUUUAUCGAACUAAAUUGAAUAUGAUCAUAGGGGAUAAUCAAUAUCCUAAAUCACCUUUACCUGUUGUCCCAUUCUUCAACUUGUUUGUACAAGAUUUGACAUUUCUGAACGAUGGGAACUCUGAUUAUAGAAAUCCAGAUGUGUUUAGACCAAACAAACUGGUCAAUAUUGAUAAGUUCUUGAGAAUCACAAGGGUAAUUGGCCAUAUCCAAUACUUCCAGGUGGGGUACGAGCGGUCGUCUCAAGGCGACAUGAAUGCCGAUGAUUCGUUUUUCCGAAUGACCGAGCAACUGUCUAUUGACACGACAAACAUCACCGCGCUUCCAACCAUGCAGGAAUUUAUACUCUAUGAAUUCCAGAGAAUUAGUAAAAUCUACAAAGAAUCUCCAGAUCGUGGGUACGAACUGAGCUUCAAAAUCGCGCCAAGAUGA